UUCUUCGCUCAAUAUUUUGAUUCAAUGAAAAUCGUAUAGUUAUAUUUCUAUUUAUAAAUUCUAUGAUCACGAUUAAAAUUUCCGAUAUUUCCAGUUACAAUAAUGUUGACGGGCUUGCGUGGGGUAUCACCAAUGUCCGACGCGAUGUCUGAAAGUACAUUAGAAAGGAAUCACGCUGAAAAAGCUCUUAUAACGAAAACACCGACACACAGUCAGGUUUUUCUCAACAAGAAUAAUGGGAACAUUGCUAAAAAUUAUUCGGAUAAGAAUGGAAACGAAGUCAGUAAGAAUUUACACGGAGGACGAAAGACUUUCGCGUUUUGGACACUCGUGUGUUUAAUGUUUGUUCUCGCUAUUGGGAAUUUGGUAUUGAUUUCUACCGUCUUCGCAGUUCUGAGACUUGGAUACGGUAUGGAGAGCAUGGAAAUCUUAUUAGACCACAAUGCAGUCAAGUUCCUGGGAUCUAUAGACUUGGAUCAUGUCUACAAGAGAGACGGAGUACUUGAGAGCUUCCAAGACACACCGAUGACCAUUAGCAGUGAGAAUGGAUCAGUCAUAUUUAAUUUACAAACAAGGUUGUCCAGAUCAGAUGCCAAACUGACCGUCAACACAUCAGGAGUAUUUGUGAAGGGAGUCAGUUCCCUGCAAUUGGUAUAUCCUGACUCGGGAGAAGUUAUCUUUAGUACUAACGAACCGGAGAUGAACAUUCCUGAUGGUGUUAAUAAUUUGCUGGCUAAGCAAAUCUCAACUAAACGCAUCUCAUCACCUAUUGAUGAAGAUUUGAUCAUCAGAUCUGAAACGGCUGCUCAUUUGAGAGGUGCUGAGGGUACUCGGAUGGAAUCUAAAGAAUUAUUCUGGUCUGCGGACCAGGAUAUUUAUCUUAAAUCUAUCAAUGGUUCUAUAGUUUUGAGUGGGAAAGAGGGAGUGUUUGUUGAUGUCAGAUAUUUACCUAUAGCUAUUCCGUUGAAUAAAUCAGAGAAAUAUGUAACGGGACAGUUUAAAGUAUGUGUAUGUAUGCCUCAAGGGAAAUUGUUCAAAGUUGCUGUGCCAACGGGACAGAAGGUGACAUGCUCUCAUGUUAAUAUGACAGGAGAUUUGAACCCUUGUUUGUAGACAUUUGUAGGGUAGUUUGAAGUUUUGUAAUGCUUUGUAGAAAAGGAUAUGGGAAGGGGAAGCUUUGACUGCGAAUGCUUAGUAAAUCUGUGCGUCUAUUGAAAGUAGGCAAUGAAAUGUUUGUCAUUUCGCCAUUUUGGCGAAUUCCGAUGUCUCGGAUAACAUUGAAAAGUGUAGAAUAUAUUAAAUAGUCCGUAUUUAGCCUAACCGUGGAUUUUCACUGCGUGUAUAUUAACAACAACAAUACGUCGAAUUUUCAUUUGUGAUAAAAAUUUACUGACAGUGAACGUCGACGGUUAGAUGAUUAUCUAGUCAUUA